UCAGCCCUCUCCAUACUCACCUCUCUCUCUGUCUCUAACUCCGUUUAAGUUUACCGUCAGAAAAAAGGAAGAAACAAUAAUGUCAGGUUUUGACGGUGUUGAAAAUCAAAUCAACGGUCCAGAUUUAACUGGUUGUCUCCCUCAAGAUCCUCGCUCAUUAUUACCAAUCACCCUCAAGUUUGUCGAUGUAUGUUACCGAGUGAAACUCCACGGCGACUCAAGUAAAAUAAAAAAGUUCUUGGGACUAGAACACAGACCGUCCGAUGAGUCUAGAUCAACGGAGGAGAGGACGAUACUUAGCGGAGUCACCGGAAUGGUCACACCCGGAGAAUUUAUGGCCGUUCUUGGACCAUCGGGAAGUGGUAAAUCAACGUUGCUUAACGCGGUCGCAGGGAGACUCCAUGGACCAGGCCUCACCGGAAAAAUACUCAUGAACGAUACUAAACCAACGAAACAAACGUUAAAACGCACCGGUUUUGUGGCUCAGGACGAUCUACUCUACCCACACUUAACCGUACGUGAAACCCUAAUCUUCGUGGCCUUGCUCCGUCUCCCUCGGAGUCUAACCAGAGACGAUAAAAUAAAAGCCGCUGAGUCGGUGAUCUCCGAGCUAGGGCUCGAGAAAUGCGAGAACACGGUGGUUGGGAACGCUUUUAUUAGAGGUAUCUCGGGUGGUGAGAGGAAACGUGUGAGCAUUGCUCACGAGUUACUCAUCAACCCGAGUCUUUUGGUUCUUGACGAGCCCACGUCGGGGCUUGACGCGACGGCGGCUCUACGGCUGGUUCAGACGCUAGCUGGGAUGGCUCAUGGGAAAGGGAAGACGGUUGUGACGUCUAUUCAUCAGCCGUCGAGCCGUGUGUUUCAGAUGUUUGAUACUGUGCUGCUUUUGAGUGAAGGGAGGUGUUUGUACUUUGGUAGAGGAAGAGACGCCAUGGCUUACUUUGACUCCGUCGGGUUCUCGCCGGCGUUUCCGAUGAAUCCGGCUGACUUCCUUCUCGAUCUUGCUAACGGUGUUUGUCAGAUUGACGGUGUAACGGAACGGGAAAAGCCAAACGUGAGACAAACACUGGCCGUUGCCUACAAUACAUUGCUAGCCCCAAACGUCAAAACCUACAUGGACGCAACACCUCCUCGAGAGAACGCGCGUUUUGUGAAAACGCGAAUAAACGUCCGUGGAAUAGCGUCUGGCCUCACAACAUGGUUUAGCCAGCUCUGCAUUCUCCUUCACAGACUUAUAAAAGAACGGCGCCACGAAUCCUUCGACGCACUUCGUGUUUUUCAAGUCGUGGCCGCUUCAUUACUCUCUGGUCUCAUGUGGUGGCAUUCCGAUUUUCGAGACGUACAUGACCGAUUAGGAUUACUCUUCUUCAUAUCCAUAUUCUGGGGGGUACUUCCGGCAUUUAACGCGGUUUUCACGUUUCCACAAGAACGCGCCAUCUUCACUCGAGAGCGCGCGUCCGGUAUGUACACACUCUCAUCCUACUUCAUGGCUCACGUCUUCGGAUCGCUCUCCAUGGAACUCGUUCUCCCGACAGCGUUCUUGACGCUAACUUAUUGGAUGGUUGGUCUACGUCCAGGGAUAGUCCCUUUCCUCCUCACCCUCUCGGUGCUAUUGCUAUACGUUUUAGCCUCUCAGGGACUCGGACUUGCCCUGGGCGCAACCAUCAUGGAUGCUAAAAAAGCAUCCACGAUUGUGACAGUGACGAUGCUGGCGUUUGUCUUAACCGGCGGUUACUACGUUAACAAAGUGCCAUCUGGAAUGGUGUGGAUGAAAUAUGUUUCCACGACGUUUUAUUGUUACCGUCUAAUGAUCGCGAUCCAAUAUGGAAAUGGUGAAGAGAUAUUGGGGAUGUACGGAUGCGAGUCAAAGAGAACACAAGGAGAGGCGAGGACUGAUGGGUGUAGGUUUAUGGAGGAGGAAGUGGUUGGAGAUAUUGGGCUAUGGACGAGCGUUGGCGUUUUGUUUUUCAUGUUUGUUGGUUAUAGAAUAUUAGCGUACUUGGCUUUGAGGCGUAUUAAACUUUAAAAUAAGCUGAGAGGGGAAAACUUAAAUAAACAAAUGAGUAGAGGGUUUAGUUUGUUCUAUUUUUCAGUCUUUUUUUUUUUUUUAAAUGUGAAACUAAAAUGACAAAAAGUCUUUUUAGCUGAUUAAUAAUGAAAUGUAUAUUUCCAUCUAUUACAUGGUUUUGAUUAGUUGUGUGCC